AUGGCCAAUCAUAAUAUACAAGAGAAGACAGACUAUAUCGACAAGGAGAUGCAAGACUCCAGUGUUGGAGAAGUUAUGGAGUUUCAAGCAGCACCUGAAAAGGAACGUCAACUAUUAUGGAAGUUGGAUUUAUUCAUGAUUCCAACUAUGGGAAUCUGUUACAUGCUUCAGUACAUGGAUAAACUCGCCCUGAGUCAAGCUACUCUCCUCGGGCUUCGAUCAGACUUGGGACUUGUUGGCCAACAAUACACAUGGUGCUCGGCGGUUUUCUAUUUCGGAUAUCUGGCCUGGAGCUGGCCAACUUCUUACUUGAUUGUGCGUCUUCCCCUGGGGAAAUACCUCGCCAUAUCAGUGUUUCUUUGGGGUGGAAUUCUCAUGUGCCAUGCAGCCGCACAGAACUAUGGUGGUCUCAUAACCUGUCGAUUCCUCCUGGGAAUGGGUGAGGCGGCUGUCGCUCCCGGAUUUGGUCUCAUCACAGGAAUGUUCUACAAGAGAGGAGAGCAACCCGCUCGCCAAGGUGCAUGGUUCGUCGGUAACUGUAUUGCUAACCUCAUCGGCGGUGUGAUCGCAUGGGGCAUUGGCAACUGUUCUUCAUCACUGGAAAGCUGGCGUCUGCUAUUUCUCGUCCUCGGUGCAAUCACUUCCGGUUAUUCCAUCUUCCUCUUCUUUGUCCUCCCCGACUCGCCCGCAACAGCAUCCUUCCUCACCGAGACCGAACGAAUGAUUGCAGUGCAACGGACCAUGAGAGACAAGACAGGCACUGCUGAGGCCACAGAGGUUUUCGAAUGGAAGCAAGUCCGGGAGGCUGCUUGUGACCCGCAGGCAUGGUUCCUGGUGCUCUACACAUUCUGUGUCAACCUCGCCAACGGCGGACUUACAAGCUUCUCCGCUAUCAUCAUUGCUGGUUUCGGGUACUCCGACUUCAAGUCUCUCUUGCUUCAAAUGCCCAUGGGUGCCUCCCAGCUAGUUUUUCUGAUCAUCACUGCGGCAAUUGCCACAUACGUCCGAUCAUCGCGUCUCAUAUGCAUGAGCUUCAAUGCGAUCGUUGCAAUCAUUGGUGUCGUUCUGAUCUACACACUCGACGACUCCCACAGAGUGGUCAAGUUACUUGGUCUGGCCUUCGUUGCUGCCUUCGCCGUCAACAUUCCUCUCAGUCUGAGUAUUGUCACUUCUAACGUUGCCGGUGCGACAAAGAGAAGCGCUGUUUCAGUUUCCAUCUUUGCCGCAUACUGUGUUGGUAAUAUCGUAGGGCCCCAAUUCUUCUAUGCCUCGCAAGAGCCGACAUACUCCAGCGGUAUUGAGGCCUCUCUUUGUGGAUUGGGAAUCGGAAUCUUCUUCUUGGCAUUGCUAUAUGUGUACUAUAUGUGGGAAAACAGAAGGCGGAACUUGGUUGAGGGAUCAUCCGUGGUUGAGGUUAUCGCCGAAGAGGAGAAGCACAGGACUGACAAGCAGAUUCUUGGUUUCCGUUAUACUCUAUGA